UCUUGGCAGGGAAUACAUAUAUCAUUUUUAUUUUUUGAAGCUUAGAAAGAAAUGGAUACAGAAGACAUGGGUUUAGGUAAAUUAGGCCAAAUAUUAAAACGGAUUUGGAGGCAAAGCCAAAUGUUGAAGCAGGCACUGGUGGGUGAUAAUCUCUGUGAGAUGGCUGGUGGUGGGGCCACUUGGAUAGCCACAGUGAUCUUUCUGGGCCAAGGGCUCAAUGAAGCCCUUCAUCAACUUCUGGAACACACUGCAGGCACCUUUCAGUCCACCUGCCAGCAGCUGUAUAUGCUACUUGACAAGGAUAAUCAAUGUGUCUGGAGACGAGAAAUCAUUGCUUUCGCAGACUGCCUCAUGAAAGUGAAUGAACACUUGGGGAACACUACUAUGCUCCUAAGGAAAGAAGAGAAGGAGAUGUGUAAUUUAUGCAGCACGCAUGAGGGCCGUACUCCACAGCACACAAUAUCGGCCAUUCAAGACACCAAAGCAACAGACAUUGCUCCAAGCAGGGAACUAAAUGUCAUGGAAACAGCCACUGUUUCUUCUUCUACAAAUGCAGGGGAAAGGCAUUACACAAACCAGGUCCAGUUAAAGGAAAAUGAGACACAGAUAUGCUCUGAAUUAGGGGAGGAAGAAAACAAUGCAUCAUUGAGUGGAAAUGCAGCAGGGCAAGAGGCAUCACAGAGCACAGUGUUCCCAGAUAACGCACAGAAUGAAGAUGAAAAACAAACAGGACACAUGACCGCUGAGAACACACAUGGCAACAAGGAAGACAUUCAUGAUGUAGUCCAGGCAACAGCAAGGGAAACUCCUCGAGAGAUCUCAGAAAGCCUCAGAGAAGAGAUUACCACAUCCCCAACAGCAUGGGAUGUCUCCAGUCAGGACAUGAACCGUCUUCACCAUGAGUCAGAGAGUCUAAAACAGAGGAAUAACACGAUGGAAAGGGAGUAUCUUGAUGUGCUGAGUGAUGGGACUGACCCUCAAGUGUUUUGUUACAUCACAGCCCCACCACACGUCCUGCAACGGUUACGUUGUCGGGUAGUUAACAGCAUGAGCUCUUUUAUAGUGAGCGAUAGUGAAGAGUUGGUCAGCAAUGUCUUCACCGUUGAAUGUUCAGAUGAAGAAGAGAAAAUUCCAUUCCCAAUAGGCAUUGCAAUUCCAUUCAAGGCAAGCUACAAGGGAAAUUACAGAGACUUCAUGGUGAAAAUGUCUGACACAGACUUUGGGUCGAGCUACCUAACCCCAAAUUCACUUGAAGGAAUGAGGGGAAGUUAUAAGGGGGCUUGUGCUGCAGUACAUGUUUACAAGUUGGGUAUGUUUUCGGUAGUGUCAUGUUUAAAGAAACAGACUUUCACCGUGACAAAGAAAGGCCUCACUCUGAAGUCAAGCAUCGAUGCCCGGGUUUCCCUCAGUUACCCUGCAGGGGUUUUCGGCUCAACGGCGUUUGUACAAUUAAAGAUCCAGCCAGUUGAUCCUUCUAUGGUGUCACAUUUAAAAGCACAUCGAGAUUCUUCCUAUUCAGUACAGUCCACAAGCCCUCUGAUCCAUAUGCAGCACCCAUCCACCCACUCCUUUCAGAAGGCCGUUACAGUGCUCCUCCCUACUUCUCCUCUCCCCGAGUCCGAGAAGGAUCACAGAAGGCCAGAGAGUGCCACCCUGCACAGGAGCCUGCCCACAGCCUCGUUCUUCAACAGGACGAAGAGUGCCUCCAUCAGAAAACCUGGUAACAACGCUUGUGAAACUUUGAAAUUACUAGGAUUCAGAAGCAGAGAUGGUGGUUGGUUUGGGAUUGAUGAUGUUGUGGUGAGGACUGUCCAGAAUGGCUUGGUAUCUUUCGAAUUAUGUGAACACUUGGAGAGAUUUAUUGUGCUCCAGUUGUCUUCCACAGUGGACAGUAGCCACUUGGUGUCUUUUGUGAAGUCUUUAGAAGAAGCCUCACUCAGCACAAUGGCCUGUGUUGUACUGUCACACCAGAAAGACAAUCCACAUAGAGUGGUUAUUUUAGUGGUGCCUUCCAAGGAGUUAAAUCUGGCACAGAAGAACUUGUGCUCGGAAGGGUUUGGAGGACUUCCAGAAUCAUCUAGACAUUUCCAAGUAAGAGAAGGAGAACAGCUUCUUUUAAGGUUUACUGGAAACAUAUUUGGCUCAAGCAAUGGGAAGGAUUAUGGGAAAGACUACAAACUCAUUUUUCACCGGCAAAGGAAACCCAGGCUAGAACUCCACAUCAAAGAGGUGGAUGAAUUUGGGAACUAUAGCUGUCCCCAUUAUAAAGGCACUAUCAUGGUCUAUAAAGUACCCAGAGAGAAGAUCAUCCCCAACAUGGAUCAAUCCCUUUAUGAAAAUCUCUACCAGUUUCCAGUUUGCAAAUUACCAUUGAAAUUGCCAAAGCAUGACAAAGUAAUCGGCCGUCCACAGAGUACCAAAAGAGUAUGUACAGACCCGCUAGAGGCUCUUUGGGAUAACUUACUUCACUGGCUGGCUGAGGAGCUCUCUGAAGAAGGUGUCGAGGUGCUCACUGCUUCCCUCCCCCUGCGCCAAAGCACAGUUCAGCUAAUCAAACUCAAGCACCCAGAUGAUCUGACAGAGCAGAUACACGAACUGCUUUGCUCCUGGAAGCGAUCGCUCCCAACUUCCAUGGACAAAAUUCGCCUCCUGGCUCGCCAUCUGCGAAAGCUGGGCCGGGGUGAUCUUGCAGAAGAGCUCAAAUUCAAGUGGGAACAUAAGGUGUUCACAGAACCUCAGGCCUGGUUUGACAUGGCUUCCAAGUGAGUAAAGGUGUGCUCACCCUACCCUAGAAAAGGGCUUGUGGACUUUAAAGAUUGGGUGUCAGCUUUUUCCACUUAACAAGUAAGACUGUUUGAAGUGAGUCUGUUUUGAUAGACUCACUACUGAGGAAUCGAUGGAAACAAAGGAGAAUCCUAAGACAACUAAAGUCAUCCCGGAUUUCUGCACCUUCAAUGAUGACUGACAUGUUUUGGGCAACCAACAGCUCCAUGGGUUGAGUUAAGCUUAAAGGCAUUUGUAGUAGAGUUUCCUUAGUGUCUUGUUAAGGGUUUCUAUUGCUGUGAAGGGACAACAUGACCAUGAUAAUUCUUAUAAAGAAAAACACAUUUCAUUGGAGUGGUUUAUAUUUUCAGAGGUUUAGUUCAUUAUCCUCGUGAUGCAACAGGUUGGUGUGCAGGCGGACAGGAUGCUGGAGAAGUAGCUGCAAGUCCUACUUCUUGCCUUGA